CCAAUCCACAUUCGGACAUCAAUACGAAGACCGCACACCGGCUCUGGUCAGCCACGAAUGUCACCGAAAGGAGCCCCCAUGCAGCCCGCAAGCAGCGAGCCGACCGUUUUUUUUUUAAACAUGGCGAGGCGUCAAGCUCACGUUGCGUCCGUUGUCGACGCCGGCGACGAAAACUCCAGACCCUUCGGGGCUGCCCCUUCCAAGAGGUCCGAGAACCCCGACAGCAAGAUGCAGACCCAGGCUUUGACCAAGAGGCCGGCGCUGACCAAUUUACAGCCCGAUUUGGUGGUGGGCGGUGGCAAGCAGGCCGGGCCCACGAAGCGAGAUUUGGUUCGACAGCAAUCCAACGCCCGGCGGUUGGCCAGACUGAGCUGCAGAGGAUCCAGUUUGUGCCCUGCUCCACCGAGCUUCGAGAUCUACGCAGAGUCGUCUGGCGCACGGGGGUCGCAAGUCGACGUCAAAGCGGCUGUCCCCGCCGUUGCUUCCGACGAGGACGACGAGAAGGCUCCGCAUUCCGAUGAUCGGGGGGCGUCCGGCGAUGUCUGCUCAGACUCUCCAGACUGUGGAAUGGAGUGCGAGGCCGCGGACCGUGUACCCUGGGGCCCAGACUCCCCCAUGGUCCUGGACGCGUCCCUGCACACCCUGGAGCCCAUGUCCUACAUGGAGAUCCGGGAUCUGGAGGCCAGCUCGGAGUACGCCCAGGACAUCUACACCCACCUCAGGCAGCAGGAGGAGAAGCUGACCCCGAAGCCGACGUACAUGAGCAGGCAGCCGGACAUCACGUCCUCGAUGCGCGCCAUCCUCGUCGACUGGCUGGUGGAGGUUGCCGAGGAGUAUCGCCUGCACCCGGAGACGCUCUUCCUCGGCGUCUCCUACGUGGACCGCUUCCUCUCCGCCAUGUCGGUGAUCCGCAACGAACUGCAGCUCGUCGGCACAGCCGCCCUCUACAUCGCUGCGAAGUUUGAGGAGACCUACCCGCCGAAGGUGUCGGAGUUUGUCUUCAUCACGGACGACACGUACACGAAGCAGCAGGUGCUCCGGAUGGAACAGCUGGUGCUCAAGGUGCUUUCGUUCGACAUGGCGGCCCCCACCAUCUACUACUUCCUGCUCCGCUUCGCGAAAGUCGGCAAGGCCCCGGACACCGUCAAGCACCUGGCUCACUAUCUGUGCGAGCUGACGUUCCUGGAGGUCGACCCGUACCUUCAGUACCUGCCCAGCAUCGUUGCCGGUGCGUCCUUGUGCCUGGCAAACCACACACUCAACCGAUACCCGUGGUCCUCGGGCCUGGUCCUCUACUCUGGCUAUAACGUGGAGGACUUCAAGGAGUGCAUCCACAGCCUGCACAGCAGCUUCUGCAAUGCUGGCACACAAGCACAGCAGGCCAUCCAGAAGAAGUUCAUGUCCUUCAAGUUUCACUACGUCGCGAAUCAGAAGCCUGCGUCCACGCUGCCCUUCUAGCGGACGACUCCGCGUCACCACCACUGCCGCUCAAACUCAAUACGAACAAGUUUUUUUAAUUGCAUGUGAGACAAUGCAUGCUGCACUGCAUGUGCCGCUCAACCUCAACGCGAACAAGUUUUUUUAAUUGCCUGUGGGACUGCAUGUGUACAUCGAUGGUCGAAGUGUGCAAUCUCAUGUCUUGUGCGAUUGUGAAAAGAAUGAAAGUCGCCACUGCUGUUGCAAGAUUUUAAAUGAAACCCAUUUUUUUACAUUGGGGCGGGGAGGGGGGGGGGGGGGACUAUGGGUGAAACUGUUGGCUUGGCUGCCAGGCGCAGUAACGAGCGAGUUAAGAAUUAUGCAACACGUUGCAGUUUUUCUACCACAGACCUGCAACACCUCGGAGCAGCAUGGCGCAUGUUUUUUGGCUCGCUUGAGAUUGAUCCUGCUGGCUCGUAGCCUUGUCUGCAGUUUGCAUUAAAAUGAGCAAGUAUAGAGCGCAUCUCGCAGCUUUUACUCACCCCCCAACUUCAGCUUUUAAUUUCCAUGGUCUGUCUCUGAUAUACUCAUGUACAGUGCAGAUAUGAUACGGAUGCAUCAUUCAAAGAGACAUUUCCACUGUGUAUGAAAGGGUGGUAUAUUUAUCCAAUUGCCACAUCCUUUCUUUUUUAUUUAAAAAAAACUGACUCCACUUUUAAGCCCUGUACAUAAGUGUCGAACAAAGUAUUCUUUUUAGGCCAGUAUGUGUCCUGUCCAAUAAAUGUACUGAACCAGA